AUGCCAAAGAAAGCUCAACGAGUUAUCUUUCCAAAUUAUGAUGAGUUAAUGGAACUCUGCAAAGACAACUGUUCCAUUUACAAUGCCUUGUAUACUCUUAGGACAAAUGAUGAAGAUGCAGUAAACAAAGUAUACGAAAUGAUCAAAGAGAAGAUGUAUUCACCAAACCAAAUCAUUAAACAUCUUAACUACUUGUCAACGUUCAAUCUUCGUUAUAUCAAGUCUUACUAUAACAUUUUCAAGAAAUUGUACAACGAGUAUCAUCCAAGGCAAGCAAGAGAACUCAUCCCGAUUCUUGAUUACUUUUACUACAAAGAAUAUGGUGUUGUUUUAGUCGAAAAUCAUAAAAAUCUUUUUGACAGCUUCAAAGAUGUCACAUUUGAUGUUCAUGAAGAGUCAUCUAUUUACAGAGCAAUCAUUGAAGACAAUAAGAAGAAUUUCAUAAUCUAUUCGCAAAAGGAUUCAUUUGAUCCAGAGCAGAGAUUGAAGAGUUUAUUAUAUCCUGCUUCACAAGAAGGAUAUACAUUCACCGAAUUGUGCUGUUUUCAUGGUUCAGUUAAUAUUUUCAAGUACCUUAUUUCAGAGUUCGAAACCAAGAUCACUCCUACGUGCCUUCAUUUCUCAUUCUUGAGUGGCAAUCCAGAAAUCAUGAGUGAGUGCCUGAAAUUUCAAGUUCCAGAUAAAGAAUGCAUGAAGUAUGCAAUCAUUUCACACAACAUUGACUUCGUUGCAUUCUUGUAUAAUGAACACAAGAUAGGAAUCGAUCUCGCCUCAUGCUGCAAGUAUUGCAAUGUGCAAGCAUUCCUAAUGCAUUACGCUUUGGAAAAUGAUACUGAUGAAUGCUUUGUCUAUUCCCCAUCAUUUAUGAGUCUUCCUCUGUGCGAGUAUUUCAUAAAGAAAGUCGGAAAUAUCAACAAGAAGGGCAAAAGCGACUGUGGAGCUCUCAAUAUCGCAUCUGCUAAUAACUUCAUAGAAGUUGUUGAGAUUCUACUAAAAAAGGGAGCAUUCACCAAUGUGAAAGAUAGUAAUGGAAAUGGUCCCCUCCACAAUGCAGCUCUGAAUAAUUGCAAGGAGUGCGCAGAAAUUCUUCUUUCGCAUGGAAUGAAACCUAGUGUCAAGCGAGAGAAAGGAGAGACUCCACUCCAUGUUGCAGCAUUGUUCAAUUGCAGAGAUACAGCAAAAGUCCUCCUUGAACACGGUUCAGAUAUUGAAGCACUAGACAAAAAUGGCCAUAACGCACUCUUCUAUGCAAUCAAUAAUGGUGCGAAUGAAACAGCAGAGCUCCUACUCAUGCAUGGUGCAAAUAUGAAUAUUAAAUUUGAAUCAGGAAAAUGUGCAAUUCAUCAGGCAGCACUAAAGAAUAUGAUUAAGAUAAUUGAACUCAUGCUAUCAAAAGGAGUAAAUAUCGAUGCAAAAGAUGAAGAUGAACUAACCGCUUUUCAUUACGCAACAAUUUAUCGCAGAAUAAAUACACUAAUGUUUCUUGCUUCUCACGGUGCAGACAUCAAUGCAAGAGAUAAUGAAGACAAAACCGCUCUUCACUAUGCCGCAAUGAAGAAUAAUAUUGAAGAAGCUGAGUACCUCAUCCAUUUGGGAUUAGAUGUAAAUGCAGUCGAUUAUUUAAAUAAAACGCCUCUUCUUUAUGCAGUAGAAAAUGGCAACACAGAAAUUGCAGAGUUGCUGAUUGCAAUUGUUUCAGACACCAAUGCAGAUAAAAACACAAUGACUGAGCUUCUUUAUAAUGCAACCAUUAAUGACCACACAGAUAUUGCAAAACUUACUGUUUCAAAUGGCGCAGACGUUAAUCAUAAGUUCUUUGGUUACAAGAAAACAGCGCUUCAUAUUGCCUGUGAAAUAAAUAACAUAGAAUUAGCAGAAUUUCUCAUUUGGCGCGGUGCUGAUAUCAACGCGAAAGAUGAAAGGGGAUGUUCUCCCAUUUGGUAUACAAUCAGAUCGGCUGAUUAUCAAAAAAGAAUUGAAUUAGUCGAAUUUCUCAUAUCUCAUGGUGCAGAUAUCAAUACAAAAGAUAAACAUGGAUUGAGUCUGAUUAUUGAUGCAGCAAGUUCGUUUGAUUCAGAACUUGUUAAAUGCCUCAUUUCACAUGGGGCAGAUAUCAAAGCAGUUGAUUCUCAUAACAAAACAGCACUUUAUCAUUCUGCUUCUUUCAAAUUUUAUAAUGAUAGUUCAGAGUUUCUUAUUUCGCAUGGUAUAGAUAUCAACGCAAAAGAUGACAUGGGGAAAACUGCUCUCCACCUUGCUGCAGAAAGUCAAAACAUCGAACUAGCCAUUAUGCUUAUUUCUCAUGGUGCAGACCCAUACAUAAAGAAUAUGUUUGGGGAUACACCUCUAGAUAUUGCUACAAAAAAGCGCAAUCAAAAAUUGAUAGAUGCAUUGAUUACCCCAAAAGAAGAACAAUAA